AUGUUGAUGUUGCAAUAUUUGCCGUACAAAUUUCAUUUCAAGGGAAAAUGCGGCAAGAUAGCUGUGAUCGGUGGUUCUAUCGAGUACACGGGUGCCCCGUUUUUUGCCGCAAUCUCUGCAUUAAGACUGGGUGCUGAUUUGGUCCACGUCAUUUGUGCUCCUGAAGCUGCUCCUGUUAUAAAAACGUUUUCGCCGGAACUCAUAGUUCACCCUGGUCUCGAACCGGAGAAUGUUCUGCCG